AUGAACACAUCGCAAAGGUUGAUCCUUUGUUUGGUAGUUGCCCUCUUCGCUUUAAUCAUUGGAACCACUGCUAUUCCUACCGGAAUGGGCGUAGCAAAUCCUAUUGGGGUGAACACACCUUCCACCUCCACAACUGCCAACAACACUCCUCCUGCAAAACCUACGCCAACGUCUCCCAAGGCCGGUGCUAGUUCAAAAUCAGCCUCACCGACUCCAGCAGACAACUCUCCCCCAACAGACAACUCUACCCCAACAGACAACUCUACCCCAACCGAGGACACUUCUGUUUCGGCCACAGCUACUCCAUCUAGUACUGGAUUACCUGGGACACAGUUGAAGACUGCUAUCGGGCCCGUAGUAGCUGCUAGCAUUGUGUCCUCAUUGGUAGUAGUAAUAUUAGUGGGAUCUCUGGUCGCUUCGAAACGGAGAUAA